CAAAUAUCGUAUUAUAUCUGAUCCCCAGGAACUGGACCGUGAAAUUUCUUUGUGAAGCUUUUUUAAUCAUGGAGAACAGGUCCUAUAAGAUUAAAAUGAAUGGGAAUGGUAUCCAGACCAACGGAAUACAUGGAAAUGGUAUCCAUACCAACGGAAUAAAUGGGAAUGCGGUCCAUCAUGUCAGCGUUAAGGCUAGCAUCCAUCCCGCGAAGCUGAAGGCCCGUAGACAACGCUGGAAUGUCAAACCUUCCGAGAUGGCCAAGAACACUCUGAACCCCAUCCGUGCCAUUGUCGACGGCAUGAAGCUUACACCGAACCCUGAUAAGCCCAUGAUUGCCCUCUCCAUUGGUGACCCCACUGUGUUUGGGAACAUGCCCACGGAUGAUAAGGUUCUGCAAGCAAUGAAAGAUGCUAUUGAUUCACAAAAAUACAAUGGCUAUGCCCCCUCUGUUGGUUAUUACAAGAGCAGAGAGGCUGUUGCAAACUUCUACAGUGAGCCUGGAGCACCUCUUGAGGCUAAUGAUGUGAUUUUGACCAGUGGCUGCAGCCAGGCCAUUGAAUUGGCCAUCAACGUGUUGUGUAACCCUGGUGAUAACAUCUUAGUCCCCUGUCCAGGAUUCUCCCUGUAUAAGACACUGGCCGUGUCUAUGGGCAUUAAAGUCAAACUCUAUAACCUGCUGCCCGAGAAAUCUUGGGAAGUUGAUCUUCAGCAUCUGGAGAGUUUGAUCGAUGACAGAACUGCUUGCAUGAUCCUCACCAACCCCUCCAACCCCUGUGGCUCUGUCUACAGCAAGGAGCAUCUGCAGAGUUUACUCUCAAUUGCCUCAAGAUACUGCAUACCUAUUCUUGCCGAUGAAAUCUACGGAGACAUGGUGUUUCCAGGAUGCACCUUCCACUCCCUGGCUCCUCUCAGCAGUGAUGUGCCUAUUCUGUCCUGUGGAGGCCUGGCCAAGCGCUGGCUUGUGCCUGGCUGGAGAAUGGGUUGGAUCCUAAUUCAUGACCGCAAUGAUGUCUUUGGAUCAGAGAUCAGAGAGGGGCUUGUAAAGCUAAGCCAGCGUAUUCUGGGAGCAUGCACUGUGGUCCAGGGGGCGCUAGAGAGCAUUCUUAAUGACACACCACAGGAGUUUUAUCAAAGCACCAUCAAUUUCAUCAAGACCAACGCAGAGAUCUGUUUCUCUGAGCUGUCCACUGUGCCUGGGUUAAAUCCUGUAAUGCCAUCAGGAGCUAUGUAUCUUAUGGUGGGAAUUGAAAUGGAGCACUUUCCAGAGUUCCAGAAUGAUGUGGAAUUCACUGAACGCUUGGUCACAGAGCAGUCUGUUUUCUGCUUGCCUGCCACGGCAUUUGAGUAUCCGAAUUUCUUCCGGGUUGUUGUGACCGUUCCGGAGAAGAUGAUGGUGGAGGCAUGUGAACGGAUUCGGGAAUUCUGUGCUCGCCACUAUCGGCCACGCAGUCAAGAUAGCAAUGAGUUGGAUCAAUGAGAGACACAGAGAGAGAGAGAGAGAGAGAGAGAGAGUGAGAGAGAGAGAGAAGGAAUGAGAAAGAGACAAUUUUGAGAAAGGGAAAUGUGAUAUAGAUUGAACAGAUGUAGAGAAAUGCAUGACACACCAGAGAACGUUUUGAAAGUAUUGAAAGUAAUGAAAGUUCUUGUUUUUUAAAAAACAGGUUUGAUAUUUAUAUUUUUUUGUAUAAACAGCGGGUGGGGGGAGUCUGUCUCGUCUUUUGUAACAGUUCUCAUCAUUUUAAGCUUUUAUAACCGCAAUUAUGUUGUUAAAAAAAAGAAAAGAAUAGAAAAAUGCUCUUUUCUUUUUUUGUGUCCCCAUGGAGCCCUCAUAACCAGACUUCCGCCCAUUGGGAAAUGGUUAGCUUUGGGAUAAAGGGCUAUUGAGGACAUAACGGGAAUUUGAAGACAUUUUGAUUUGAUAGAGCAUCACCGUUACUCUGUGUAUCUGUUCGCACAUAUGUGUAACUCUAAUUUGUAACUCUAGCCUUAGAGUUUCUCAGUGAAACCAAGGGGUUAAAGUCUAUCCGUCAAUUUGCAUGUUAAACGACUCUGUGUAGAAAUUUUUUUAGACUAAAACUUCUGUGCAUUCCUCUUGAUUUUGUAUUAUAUUUUGUGUCCUCUAUUAUGUAACAAAUCUAUUUAAAUAAACUGAAAUCUUUACAAACAUA